AUGACUCUCUGUACUGUCUAUUUUGGCGACUCCAAUUCCCCCAUCAUUACCAUCACCCGCUAUCAUUCCAAUUACAGAUUGGUAGAACAGAAUUCUAAUAGCCAUUUACUCAAAAGAGUAGAAAAGAGUAUUGUUGAUUAUUAUUACCCCCCAAAUCUUUCAAAUCCAGCAACCAGGGGAGCAUCAAACAGUAUUAAACUCCAAGUCCAAGCACCAUUUGGAAAAGAAAAUAAGAACCUUGAAAACUCAGUUCAAGCAGAAGGGUUGACUGAUUUACAUGAAUUCACAAAUUCUAGUCAAACUUCUAAACAGGUAACUAACAAAGACUCAAGAACCAAUAGUGGGAAUAAAAUGAUAAUACAGGCAGAGAUUUCAUCCUUGUCCAAUCAGAGAAUUGUGUGGUUGAAGAUUUUCUUAGGAGAAUAG